UUCUACAUCAUACGUAUAUGUCCUCACCUUUAUAACGAAUCAUCUUGGACUUUGACAGGUGGCGGACGACGAACGACGACGACGGGAGAGAGAUUACGGCAUCGCCGCGAAAAGAUUGGAGGCAUUUUACGAGAUACGGAGACCGUCAAGCUAACUGCAAAUUGGGAAGAAAAGCGUGAAUAAAAUCCUUAGCUAGUUGGAUAUUACAUUUGGCGACGAUCGGAAAAUAUCAAGUAAAGAUGGACGAAAGUAGGCCAAUACCAAUGUUUCGGUGUGAGCAAAUCGAGAGCUGCAAAUUGGGAAAAGAAUGGCGUGAAUGGAGAGAUUCUCUGGAAUUUUACUUCGAUUCGUAUCAGAUAACGGACCAGAAGAUUAUGCGCUCCAAAAUGCUUCACGUUGGUGGGCCUCAGUUGCAGAAGGUCUUUAAAAGUUUGGAAGGGACAGAGAAUUUUCCGCUGGUGAUGAUUGAGAAGCGCUGGUAUGACGUAGCUGUCGACCGGCUAGACGCGUAUUUUAAGCCUAGCAGCCAGGACGUUUUAGAAAGACACAAGCUAAGAAACAUGAAGCAAGGUAAUCAGGAACGAUUUUCUCACUUCGUAUUACACUUACGUCAACAGUUGAUGGAUUGUGGACUCGAAAAGUAUUCGACUGAAAUUCGUAAGGUUCUCGAAGAAAUUAUACUAAUUGACGUAAUCGUGGAGGGAUGCAACUCACAGGAAUUACGACGAAAGAUUCUUGAAAAGGACCAGUCGCUUUCAGAUAUUGAGGUUCUGGGAGCUUCGUUUGAGAGUGUACGCCUACAAGAAAAGGAGUUUAGGACUGGAACAAGUACCGAUGGAGGGCAGGUAGAGGUUUGCAAGGUAAAGGUCGAAAAGAAAACAGAACCGUCAACAGGAACGGAUUAUCAAACGGUUUGCUAAUAGCCCGUACCAUGCAUCCAAAAGAGAGAGUGAAGUUCUGUGCUACGCUUGUGGAAAGCACGGUCAUAUCGCGAAGGCAACUACAUGUCCGGCCAAAGAUCAACAAUGCCGCCGAUGUCAUUUUGAGAAGGUGUGUAGACAACGACCGUCCGAUUCGAGAAAUUCUUCACUUAAGAAAAAAGUGCAAACUAUCGAAAAUUUGGAUACGAUGAUGCGGUGCGAUGUACAAAAAGACGAGUUAUCCGCUAAGAAGAUUUACUAUACAUUUCAUACAGGAAACCAAGACAAUGUGUUCCAAUGCAAGAUUGGUGGUGUUUCAAUCGAAGUUUUCAUUGAUUCCGGCUCGGAUGUGAACAUCAUCACUACCGAGACCUGGGAAAUGAUGAAAGCCAGGCAGAUUACCAUUUCCAAAUGCGAAAAAGGAAGCAACAGAAUCCUCAAAGCAUAUGGAAAUAGCGAACCACUUUCGAUUUUGGGAACUUUUAAUGCAGUUAUCGAGGUCGGGAAGCGAGCCACUGAAGAUACGUUUUACGUUGUUCAGAGCGGUCAAAGGAAUCUAUUGGGCGACACCACUUCGAAAAAGCUCGGCAUUUUGAAGAUUGGAUUAGAAGUGAACGAGAUUGAGGAAGGUUCGGAAAUACAAUCAUGUUUCCAAAGAUCAAAGGAGUACAAGUUCACGUACAAAUGGAUCCAAAGGUGUCACCAGUUUUUCAACCAUUACGACGUAUACCAUUUCCACUCGAAAAGAUUGUUACCGAGAAGUUGGAUGAAUUGUUGCGACGAGACAUCAUCGAGGUUAAAAAGGGUCCAGCGACUUGGGUAUCCCAUUAGUAGUAGCAAAUAAGGCGAACGGAUCCAUAAGACUGUGUGUAGAUUUGCGACGUGUUAACCAAGCGGCCAUUCGCGAUCGGCAUCCAAUGCCAGUGAUUGAAGACGUUCUCUCCAAGAUUGGCAAAGGCAAGGUUUGGAGUGUUUUGGACGUGAAAGAUGCCUUUUUCCUUCUUGAGCUGGACGAAGAAACAAGAGACAUUACAACUUUCAUCACCCACAGAGGGCUUUAUCGAUUCAAAAGGUUGCCGUUCGGAUUAGUAUCCGCUCCCGAAAUUUUCCAGCGUACCAUGGAUGAAAUGCUUGCAGAUUGUGAAGGUACCUACUGGUACCUCGAUGACGUUGGAGUCGAGGGCAGUACAAUCGAAGAACAUGAUGUACGGUUGGGAAAGGUUCUUCAGAGAUUCAAGGAGAAAGGAAUUGUGCUCAACUGGGAAAAAUGUAAAAUUCGCGUUACUGAGUUAGAAUUUCUGGGACAUAAUUUCUCACCGAGAGGAAUAAUGCCUUCAGAAAUUAAACGUGAUGCAAUUAAGGAAUUUCGAUGAGCCUUUGAGGAAGUUAACCCAAAAAGGGUGUAAAUUCCGAUGGGAAAAUGCUGAGGAGAAUGCAUUCAAUAAAGUAAAACAAGCCAUGUCGGAGGUCAGUAGUCUGGGAUUUUUUAAUAUACAGGAUGAAACAUCGGUAUAUGCGGACGUAGCCCAAAUGCCUUGGGUGAUAUUCUAAUCCAAACUAACAAGUGUGGAGAAUCUAGAGUUGUUUGUUACGCUUCAAAGUCACUUACCGAUACCGAGAAAAGAUAUUGUCAGACGGAGAAGGAGGCUCUGUCACUAGUGUGGAGUGUAGAAAAGUUUCAGCAUUACCUGUUAGGUAGAGAGUUCACACUGCUAACCGAUUGCAAGGCACUGACGUUCUUGUUUUCUCCCGCCUCCCGCCCAUGUGCGCGCAUUGAACGGUGGGUGCGACGCCUUCAAAGUUUCAAGUACACGGUACUCCACAUUCCGGGGCACACAAAUAUAGCUGAUGUUUUCUCGAGACUCUCCACGCUGGUUCCAAAGCCAUUUGAUGAAGCAGAAGAAUUGACUGUUAGAGAAAUAAUAUCUUCAGUUGCAACCACAAUUGCUUUGAAGUGGGAAGAAAUUGUGACCGCGAGCAAAGAGGAUGCGGUUACAAAACAAGUGAAAGAAGCUAUAAGCUCUGGUAUAACUGACGAUCUACCGUUAUGCUACAAGAUGAUUUCCUCAGAACUAUGUUUUGUCGGCGAUGUGCUUAUAAGGGGCGAUCGGAUCAUCGUACCUGAACAGCUGCGACAAAGAGUCAUACUUCUUGCGCAUGAGGGACAUGCUGGCAUCAAAAUGAUGAAAGCCCAUUUACGCUCGAACGUGUGGUGGCCCAAAAUGGACCAACAAAUCGAAAGGUUUGUGGAAACUUGUCGUGGAUGUAUGCUCGUAUCUGCACCUAAUCCACCUGAGCCCAUGGUUCGGAAAGAAUUUCCUUCUCGACCGUGGGAACAAAUUGCUAUCGACUUCCUCGGGCCUCUUCCAGACGGCGAUUAUCUGCUUGUAUGCGUCGACUAUUACAGCCGCUAUUUAGAAGUCGUUGAAAUGCGCGAUAUUACAACAUCAUCUACUAUCGAUCAACUUUUGAUCAUUUUCUCUCGAUACGGGAUACCUAACUAUUUCCAAGCAGACAACGGUCCGCAAUUUGUGUCUGACGAAUUUCGUAAUUUUUGUGAAGAACAAGGCAUACAUCUGGAUAGUACUAUUCCAUACUGGCCCCAAAUGAAUGGGGAAGUGGAGCGACAAAACAGGUCCAUAUUAAAGCGGCUCUGGAUCGCACAAGAAUUGGGACAUGAUUGGCGGAAAGAACUAUGGGUCUACUUACUAACGUAUCACUCAGCAGUUCAUCCUACUACAGGAAAAGCACCAGCAGAACUAAUGUUCGGACGGCGGUUGAGAACGAAAUUACCCAGUAUUCCUUCCGUUGUGGAUUAUGAAGAAGUAAGAGAUUAUGACCAAAUUCAAAAAGAAAAAGGAAGGGUUUAUGCCGACCGCCGACGUAAGGCUUGCCCAAGUAACAUCCAAGUUGGUGAUCAUGUUUUAGCCAAGCGUACAAAAAAAGACAUCAAGUUAAGUUCUGAUUUUUCUCCUGAAGAAUAUGUGGUAUUGGAAAAGAGUGGAACAGAUGUAACCAUUCGUGCCUCUUCCUCUUGUAAAGAGUUCAGAAGAAGCGCAGCUCAUCUUAAAGUAAUUCCAAAAGAGAUAGUCGAAAUCGAUGGAUCCGGUAACAAGUCAAAGGAGGAAGAUAACUUGAAGAAAUCUGAUCACAGAACAGGUGACGUAAUCAAGGACCUAGCACCAACAAGAUCUAAGCGAACUAAAACGGAACCUGCUCGAUUGCAGGAUUUUGUUACUUAUUAACAUUGUAUCGUUGCUCUGAAUCAUUUUAAAUAAAGGUAGGGAUGUAGGGUUCUACAUCAUACGUAUAUGUCCUCACCUUUAUAACGAAUCAUCUUGGACUUUGACAGGUGGCGGACGACGAACGACGACGACGGGAGAGAGAUUACGGCAUCGCCGCGAAAAAAUUGGAGGCAUUUUACGAGACACGGAGACCGUCAAGCUAACUGCAAAUUGGGAAGAAAAGCGUGAAUAAAAUCCUUAGCUAGUUGGAUAUUACAGGAGGCGAUUUGGAUAAAAGUCUUCAUUGUCUGAUGGUGACUUCGCCUUGGCUCUCUUGAGCAAUGAUUUGGAUGGUGGCGCCUUUG